GUUAUAGUUAACACGAGUAAGACUGACACUGACAGAAGAAAUAAAAACAUACAAAAAGAGGUGAUUAGGGUGGCUUAAGUCAACUUUUACAGUAGGUUAAUGGCUUUUUCUCAACCGAACGCCCAAAGAGAACUUACAAACCGUAAAAUUCUGGAAGAGUUACAGCUGAAGAAGCAACUCUUACUUAAGCAGGGGGUUGCUUCGACAUUAAACUCUUCAGCCUUGCCAGUUCUUGGUUCAUCUAAUAUAGUAACAACCAAUUCUGAUGGUUUACCAAACAGUGUUGCUGCUAAUAUAAGUUCUACACAAAGGGCAGCUCUCCAACAAGCUAAUUCCCAAUCUAUGGGAUUCUUCAUCACCCAAGAUUCGUCAUUUGGAAAUUUAAUACUUCCUGUGAUCCCUAGAUUUGAACCAAAUAAAUUAUUUAUAAUGUUCCCCUGCAUGAAACUGAAGCAUUUGCAAGAGUUGUUGGAGGAUGUGGAGGUGUUUGAAAAACCUAAAAUACACCUUGAACAAUAUGUCACUCCCUCACAUUUGUCAUCUCAUAUGAUGUAUACUAUUCAGUCACAGUAUGGAGAUCUAAAAGAUAAGUUGGUAGCAGAUUUAGGUUCUGGCUGUGGAUCUUUAUCAGUGGGGGCAUCUGUUUUGGGUGCAGGGAUGGUUGUUGGUUUUGAAAUAGAUCAAGAUGCUUUAGAAAUCUUUCGAAGAAAUAUGGAAGAUCAGGAGCUAUUUAAUGUGGACGUAAUUAACAUGGAUGUAUUUCAUAUUCCUUCAAAUUUUUAUAAACAAUUUGACACAGUUGUAAUGAAUCCGCCCUUUGGCACUAAAUAUAACAGUGGGAUUGACAUGCAGUUUUUGAAAACUGCAUUGCAACUUUCCACACAUGCUGUUUAUUCGUUACACAAAACGUCAACUAGGAAACAUGUCAUUAAAAUAGCAGAACAAUGUGGAGCAAAUGCAGAAGUUCUGGCAGAACUUAGAUAUGAUCUGCCCUCAACUUACAAAUUUCAUAAAAGGAAGUCUGUUGAUAUUGAAGUUGAUUUUUAUCGAUUUUUAAUUUCGUAGGUAUAAUAAUAAUCAAAUCAUGUAGUUU